GCCGAGAAGCCGGGGGCGGGGCGACCUUUGCUCCGGCCCGGAGCAGUCCAGGCCAGGUGUGGCCCAGCCGCCCUGCUGCAAGGUGGGGUGUCCCCGCCGCUCAGAUACCCAUCUCGCCUGCCGCACUGGAGGUGGCCUCGCCGCUUCCUGCGCGCACCUCGGAUCCCUCUCUCCCCGGCCGGGUUUGGCCCCGGCGGCCGCCCCUGGUUGCCCGCGCCUGGACCCGCGGUUUCGGUCAGACCCGCCCGCGGGCUGGUUUCGAUUAGGGCCAGUAGGAGGGCGGAGCGGCCGGGACGCUAGGAGGGAACUAGCCUGAGUUGGGACAGUCUUCGCGUAGAGACAAAGAGCGUCCCUAGAGCCAUCAGGGCGCAGGAGCCCGAGCCGAUUUCGGGUCCCCGGAGCCCGGGGCACGGCCGAGAGAAGGGGACAGCGGAGAAGGAAGGCGGCAGGUGCGCCGUCGGCGCGGCGGGCCGGGAUGCGGACGCCGGUGGUGAUGACGCUGGGCAUGGUGCUCGCGCCCUGCGGACUGCUGCUCAACCUGACCGGCACGCUGGCGCCCGGCUGGCGGCUGGUGAAGGGCUUCCUGAACCAGCCGGUGGACGUGGUGCUGUACCAGGGCCUGUGGGACAUGUGUCGGGAGCAGAGCAGCAGCGAGCGCGAGUGCGGCCAGCCGGACCAGUGGGGCUACUUCGCGGCCGAGCCCGUGCUGGUGGCGCGGCCACUCAUGGUCACCUCGCUGGCCACCACGGUCCUGGGGCUGCUGCUGGCGUCGCUGGGCGUGCGCUGCUGGCAGGACACGCCCCACUUCGCGCUGGCCGGGGUCUCGGGCCUCGUGCUCUUCGUCGCCGGCCUCCUCAGCCUUAUCCCGGUGUCCUGGUACAACCACUUCCUGGGGGACCGCGAGGUCCUGCCCGCCCCGGCCAGCCCGGUCACGGUGCAGGUCAGCUACAGCCUGGUGCUGUGCUACCUGGGCAGCUGCCUCCUGCUGCUGGGCGGCUUCUCGCUGGCGCUCAGCUUCGCGCCCUGGUGCGAGGAGCGGUGUCGCCGCUGCCGCAAGGCGCCUUCCGCCGGGCCUCGCCGCAGCAGCGUCAGCACCAUCCAAGUGGAGUGGCCCGAGCCCGAGCUGGCACCCGCCAUCAAGUACUACCGCGACGGUCGGCACCGGCCGCCGCCUGCCCAGCCUCGCAAGGCCAAGGUCGGCUUCCCCAUGCCGCGGCCGCCGCCCAAGGCCUAUACCAACCGGGUCGACGUCCUAGACGGGGAGGGGGCAGAAGCGUCCUCCUCGUGCAACACCGAGCCCUACGACAGCUCUCUGCCCUGCGACUCCGACCUCUAGACGCCUGGAGAGCCUGGGGAUCGCGGGUGGCAAAGGACUCAACCCCGCACAGGCCCGCCUGGCUCCGACUUGGAACCCGGACACUUGUCCCUCGCUGGUGUGGACGGAAAUCUUCCUUUCCUGGGACCAUACAGGACCCCCUUCGACGAUUAGUUCAGGCUGGGUUUGGUAUUCUUCUUAAAGACUUUCGUUUUCCCCUCCAGAGGGAGCAGAGUCCUCUUAGGGAGUGAUGGGCUUUUAGUAUUUUUUUGCUGAAGAAUAUAUGAAAAGGGUGUCAUUUGCAUCACGUGGACCAGGGACAAUAACCAGAGUUGAAGUCAGCAAUGCUCAGAAACAAUCUAACAUCUUGAAACUAACUCCUUGCCAUGCAAACUCUCAGGAGGCCAAUAUAUUUCUGGCCAUGUUUGAAUGAGCCUCUUAAACUUAGAACCAUGCAAAUACCAGCAGCCUAAUAGAUUGUAUGGAAUGAUAUAACCUGAUUAACUCAUAGCUACCCAUCUUCAUUGCAUACAUGGGAUUUAUAUUUUUUCUUACUUGUUUUUGCUGUGAACUUUGAGGGCACACAAGAGUUUCUCUUCCAGAAGCAGAAGGAGAGCGAAGGUCCUAAUGCUGUACUAUUCCACCCUUUGGAUGCCUCAUCCAGGAUGCAGAGGACUCUAGGUUUAACAUUUUGUAAAAAAAAUGGAGCCUGUUUAUCACAUUAAAGCAUAUAUAUAUAUAUAUCUUUUAUUUAUAAAUAAAAUUUUAAAACAAC